CCAACUUGUACAGUCUGACGUAAGCACGCAGCUCGACGAGAUCUCAACGACUGACGAGACUUCCUUGAUCGCUGGAAGUGGGGAGGUGGUCCUCGGCUGUUGGUCUGAGCAUAUUUGGACUUAGAGAAACCUUCGACAAUAAGUAUGACGAGGGGAAACCAGCGUGAGCUUGCCCGCGCAAAAAAUGCCAAAAAGAAUGAUAAGGGAAAGAAGGCCGAUGACGGUCUAUCUGCAGCUGCCCGCAAGCUAAGAGAUGCGGAGAUAAUGCAGCAGAAGCAGAAGAAGGCUGGCAAGCCGGGAGAUGACAAACCAGGAGAUGACAAACCUUCAACCUGAAACUCUUUCUGUCACAACAAUGGAUUUGCCCAUCAUGUCCCAGCUCUAUAAGAGUAGGCUAAAUCAUGUGUAAUUCAACACAAGGCUUGGCCCAUCAAUAUUUCUCCACCCUCUGGUGGACCAAAGGAAACACAUUUUUUCCCCUUCCUUUUUCUUUUGUUUCCUUUUUGCUUCGUUUAUCAGUCAUCUACAUCUGCCAGUGGAUCCUUUGAACAAAAUACUGGUGGCAAAUCUUAACAAGGAAAACUGGAUCCACAGUGCAGUUUUCUUUUUUGUAUCAAUAUGUAUCCAGUCAAAUAAAGUAUAGGCUUUUUAAAUGCA